GUUUCUUUGAAGCCAAAUGGAACGUUUGUGUCUUAUCAUCUAUAGUAUCUGUGUCAGCAACAUGCUGGGACUCUCUUAUGCCGAUGAAGAGAUAACAUUGACCCAUUUUCCAUCGGACAUUUUUAUAAAUCCAGGUGCAACUGUCACCUUUACAUGCAACGUUUCAUCCUUGAAUUAUACGAUACGUGAUAUAAACUGGUAUAAGACCAUCAAUAAUGAGUCAACAAAGAUAGCAGAUUUAAGCAACCCAGAAAAUGGAAGAAUACGCAUUUCUGCAAACUGGAAUUUAAGUAAAGCAGAGAUAUUUAUAAAGAAUGUGACCAUGAAUGACAGUGGGGAAUAUCACUGUGAGCAUGUAGAUGUAAAUGGUGACAAAAAAGUUUCGAAGAGCAGAAGGUCCAAGCUAAAUGUUACAGAUGGAAUUAUACCAGAAUCAAGUUUAACAACUCCUUCAAAGAAAAAUUCAAACAAAAAAACAAAAAGCAACACAAAUAUUACCAUAAUCUUGGUCUCCAUCAUCCUCACUCUAUUGCUGCUGUUUUUUAUCUGCAUUGCUCUGGUACUAUGGAAACAAAAAGGAAACAAGAUACCACAACCUCAAGACAAACAUCUGGAGUCACCUGCACAAAGUCCAACAGUGUAUACAGUAGACUACGGAGUUCUAGAAUUUAGCAACAAACCUUACAGGAAGUCUGCAGAGCUGUGUGUAACAGAGCAAGUUGAGUAUGCUUCAAUCAUGUUUUCUUCUGGGACUCCAUCCAUGGGAGAAGAACAUAGAUGAAAAAAAACUCUGCUUGAAAUCAUAGCUUGGAAUAUUGUUGAGAUUUAUCACAGAUUCAUACUUAAAAAGGACAUAAGAAUAACAGACAUUACAUUAAAGGACAGAUUCCCAGCUACCUUUAUUUAAAUUAUGUGAUUUUAUAAAUUAUUUCAAAAUCUUAAUCUAUAUGUACGGGGUAGAAUUUUCUGUUUUCCACCUCCUCCUUCAUACAGUUAGUGAUUCACAGACCAACAUACACUGUGUAGAACCAGACAGGGACGAUUUAUCCUUUAGGUUUAUAAACAUUGUUUCUUCAGC